AUGAGGAAAAAGGAGAGCGAGCUGGAGGAGCUAAGGAGACAACUUAAGGAGUUGCUGGACGCAGGGUUCAUCCAACCAUCCAAGGCUCCCUAUGGCGCGUCGGUCUUGUUUCAAAAGAAGCAUGAUGGGUCCCUACAGAUGUGCAUCGACUAUCGGGCACUCAACAAGGUGACAGUAAAGAACAAGUACCCUAUUCCGCUCAUUGUUGACUUGUUCGAUCAACUUGGUAGGGUGAAAUACUUCACGAAGCUAGACUUGAGGUGCCAACAAAGCUUUCAAGAUCUAAAGAAGGUUGUGACUGAGGAGUUGGUGUUGGCACUACCCGACCACACCAAGGGUUUUGAGGUACACACAGACGUCUUAGACUUUGAUGUAGGGGGAGUCCUUAUGCAAGAUAGGUAUCUGAUCGCCUUCGAGGGUUGCAAGCUAAAUGACAUGGAGAGGUACUACACGGUGCAGGAAAAUGAGAUGACCGCCAUCGUCCAUUGCUUGCGCACCUGGAGACACUAUCUUCUAAGGUUUCAUUUUAUAGUGAAGAUCGACAAUGUUGCCACUAGCUACUUCCAAACCCAGAAGAAGCUAAGUCCUAAGCAAGCCCAGGUGGUAAGACCUCCUAACCGAGUUUGA